AUGGGUCCUGCACACUGUAGAAAGAGGUUACAAAAUUCUCACCCGCCUCAUUUCAACGGGGUCAUUCCCACCUUCGUGGGCCCUGAGCAGGCUCUGGAGUCCUACCCGUCGACGCCGCCGAUAUGGUUCGUGGAGUCCGAUGACCCGAGCCUGACUGGAGUGCUGGAGCGGCUGGAGGACGUCAGGAGGAGCAGCACACUGCUCUUGCAGCAGCUGAAGAGGCUGAUCUGUGAUCUGUGCCGCCUCUAUAAUCUCCCCCAGCACCCCGAUGUGGAGAUGCUGGACCAGCCUCUGCCUGCAGGACCUGUCAACCCGGACAGAAAGCUUGGAACGAAAGAUGAGGUCACGUCAGAGGAGGAGGAGGAAGAGGAGAUGGCAGAGGACAUCGAUCUGGAGCACUACGAGAUGAAAGAGGAGGAGCCGGUGGAUGGGAAGAAGUCUGAGGAUGAUGGGAUCGAGAAGGAGAACCUGGCCAUCCUGGAGAAGAUCCGCAAGAACCAGCGGCAGGACCACUUGAAUGGCGCCGUGUCUGGAUCUGUUCAAGCGUCGGAUCGCCUCAUGAAGGAGCUCAGGGAGAUCUACCGAUCUCAGAGUUAUAAAAACGGCAUCUACUCGGUGGAGCUGGUCAACGACAGCCUGUACGAGUGGCACGUCAAAGUGAGAACUGUGGAUCCGGACAGUCCUUUACACAGUGACCUUCAAGUGCUGAAAGAAAAGGAAGGCAUGGACUACAUUCUCCUCAGCUUCUCGUACAAAGAUAAUUUCCCCUUCGAUCCUCCGUUUGCACGAGUGGUUUCUCCGGUCCUGUCUGGAGGGUAAGAUUUUUGAGACUUUAUUCCUUAUGUUAGGGGUGUUGAGUUGAUCUAUAUUCUUUUGACUUUAUCAUUUCUCCCACGUGCAUGCAAACGCAUUUAUUCACAC